AUGAAUGCGCUUCUCCUGUCUGCCUGGUUUGGCCACUUACGGAUCCUCCAGAUCCUGGUCAACUCCGGGGCCAAGAUCCACUGUGAGAACAAGGACGGCCUGACCUUACUGCACUGCGCAGCCCAAAAAGGCCACGUGCCAGUGCUGGCGUUCAUAAUGGAGGACCUGGAGGACGUGGCCCUGGACCACGCUGACAAGCUGGGAAGGACGGCAUUUCACCGGGCUGCGGAGCACGGGCAGCUGGAUGCUCUGGACUUCCUUGUGGGCUCUGGCUGUGACCGCAGUGUCAAAGACAAGGAGGGGAACAUGGCCCUUCACCUGGCCGCCCGCCGGGGCCACCUAGCUGUGCUGCAGCGACUCGUGGACAUUAGGCUGGACCUGGAGGAGAGGAACGAAGAAGGUCUGACCGCCCUGCACGCAGCUGCUGAAGGGAUCCACCCCGACUGUGUGCAGCUCCUCCUCAGGGCUGGGAGCAGCGCGAACGCCCUCACGCAGAAAAAGCAGAGCUGCCUCCACUACGCAGCCCUUGGUGGCUCUGAGGACACGGCCCGGGCCCUCAUCCACGCAGGAGGCAGCACCAACGUGGCGGAUCAUCAGGGCGCCUCUCCUGUGCACAUGGCUGUGAGGCACAACUUGCCCGUCCUGGUGCAGCUCCUCAUCGACGCCGGCAGUGACCUGGAUGCCACUGACAAUAGGCAGCAGACGCCCCUCCACCUCGCCGCCGAGCACGCCUGGCAGGACAUAGCAGAGAUACACCUUGUUGCUGGGGUCAACUUAAACCUGAGAGAUAAGCAAGGAAAAACUGCCCUGGCCGUGGCCGCCCGCAGCAACCAUGUCAGCCUGGUGGACAUGAUCAUAAAAGCCGAUCGCUUCUACAGAUGGGAGAAGGACCACAUCUCGUGCAGGGACCUCUGGGACCCCUCUGGGAAGAGCCUGACCUUUAAGCAGGACCAUCGGCAGGAAACCCAGCAGCUCCGCUCUGUGCUGUGGCGACUGGCUUCCAGGUACCUGCGACCCCACGAGUGGAAGAAGCUGGCGUAUCGCUGGGAGUUCACCGAGGCCCACGUCCAUGCCAUUGAGCAACAGUGGACAGGCACCGAGAGCUACCGGGAGCACGGGCACCGGAUGCUACUCAUUUGGCUGCACGGCGUGGUCACAGCCGGUGAGAACCCUAGCAGAGCCCUAUUCGAGGGCCUCAUGGCUAUUGGCAGGCGGGAUCUAGCUGAAAGCAUCAGGAAAAAAGCAAACGAUGACCCUAGCACCCCAAGGAGGUGCACAGCUAUGUAACUGGAGGGACUGGACCUUCAGGAGCAUGGGACC